UUGAUGACGGCGGAUGACGGUUCGGAUUACCGAAAUACGAAACAUAAUCUGGAUAUAAAUACACACACUGUUCACAGAUAUCUUGUUGUAUAAAUGUUAUAUUAUACAGUGCAAAAUAAUAAUUAUCUGCGUACAUAAAUAUCUAGAUAAAUCACGAUAUUAACAGUUUAAAGUUCUAUAACUGGCUGUGAGGAAUCGUAAGACAACGCAAUUGUGAAGUGUGUACUCGUGCACGCGUGUUUAUUCCUCUGCCGGUUUUCUGUCAUGGUAUGUCGUUAAGUGGUAUGAAUCAGUUAAGUUAGGAGCACGUGGUGGUUUGAAGAAAUGUGAGCGAAAGAAGAUUGAAGUUAAAGUAUACAAGAUCUAAACUACAUAUAAUCGUGUCAAGGAUGGCGGCAGCAAAAGAUAUUUUGAACUUCGGUGUUAUCCAAAGGAAAUCAAACGCAGACAGUGUCACUCCACAUAAACUUGCUGUUGUUUUAUUAAUAAGAGAGUUUUGUGUACUUAAAGCUAAAGCCCGAACAGAUCAACUGCUGAAAUAUGAGGAUGGCAGCUUCUUCAGUGUUGAGCCACAGCAUAGGCGAGAUUUCUGCAUGCUGGUGUUGAAACUAAUUCAGUCUGCGCAACCAUUCAUGCACCAUGUGGCAUACCUCUUCAUCAGAACGGAACGUCUUUCCUCCCAUUGCUUCUUUGAGUGAUCCAAACAUGUGGAA